CAGAAGGCCGCUUAAGCCUGGAGCCAAUCCGCAGAGCUCUCUCGCAGGCUUAAUUAUGUGACUUGAAGAAAUUACGUACCUACUUCAUCAUAUGUUGUCUGGACAGCUUUUCUGAUUUAGCUCUUGAGACUAAUAUGAGUUCAGCAGUCAUUAGUCAUUAUAUGAUUGAAGCAUACUUAACAUCAAAACAAAAGGUGUGAAUCUUUUAAAGAGAUAUCAAGCGAUGGAAAAAGUUCAAGCGGAUACACAUCCUAAAUCAAGAGUGAAGGCAACAUUGUAUCUCGGCUCUGAAUCAUAUUCUGUCGUUUCUGACACAGGCCUCAUCUCGCGAGAAUUGGCUUCAGUGAAAGCGGAGAGUAUGAGCAUACUGACAGGGUUCAUCACCAAGCAUAAUGUUCCAAACGAUGUCCCUGAUGAACCACUCGAAGGCUCUGACGAUGAAGAAAGUGAAGAACCUAAGAAUCCUUCCAAGAAAUCCAAGAAGCAAAAGUAGCUUCUUUGCGAACAAAUGUCGAUGGUUAAUCCCACUCUUUAUUAUUGUGGUUUGCUGUAAUGAUUAUUGUUCAUUUGGGAAGUCAAUUCUAGAACUCAUUUGGUAAUGAAUAUCAGAGUCCUUUACAUAAUGAAUCGUUGGGAAUUGAUUCCUCUUGGAAAACCAUGACGUCCAUGCAAAAUGUAAAACUUUGUUUAGGAACUAGAACGGUAAACAUUUGAAGAUUUUGUUCUGAAAUCACUUAAAAGCAGAUGUGAGGCUUGAUCUUUUAUAAA